GGCGGCCCGCGACUAAGAACGACUUUUUGAUGAUGUGGAGACUUCGGCUGCUGCGUUUCUAUUGCUGAGCUUCUCCGAGUCUCGAUAUAUAUUUUCUGAUAUCGCAAUUAGAAAUUUCUCGAUUCCGAUCGCGAAUUUUAUUUUUUAUUUUUUUUCGUUUAUUUUAUUCCAUAAGGAAGUUAUUGACACGCGGAUAUCUGACUUGUUCAACAGUGUUUCGAGGAAUUAUCACUCGUCUGUAAAGUUCGAGUCAGUGACCUCUUUUUAUUACUUUAUUUUCGGUCACGAUUGAAAUAUCGACGAGCUCGUAUGAAAUGUUGGGUUCAACGAUUGUCACGUGCCUCUUUGUCGGCGGAUUUGUCGUCGCUGAAGCCAUACCAAAACCUGAGGAUGAAGCGAAAAGCAGAAUUUAUAACAAGGAGUUGAGCGCCCAAGAACAUUUCAUAAAUUCUGAGCACAACCCUGAAUAUGACCAUGAAGCAUUUCUCGGCGAAGAUGCAAGGACAUUCGACCAACUUACACCGGAGGAAAGCACCAGAAGAUUAGGAAUGAUUGUUGAUAAAAUAGAUAAAGAUAAUGACACUUUUGUCACUCAGGAAGAGCUUAAAAAUUGGAUCAAAUUAACUCAUAAAAGAUAUAUCCAUGAUGACGUUGAUCGUCAAUGGACUUCUCACAAACAAGAAGGCGAAGAUAAAAUCGCCUGGUCCAAGUACAAAUCUAUGAUUUAUGGAUUCAUGGACACAAAUGACACAGAAGAUACCAUUUAUCCUGAGGACGAGAACUACUCUUAUGCGACUAUGCUAAAGCGCGAUCGCAGACGAUGGUCUGUUGCCGACGAGGAUGGCGAUGAUGCUUUGACAAAAGAAGAAUUCACUGCUUUCCUUCAUCCGGAAGAAACUGAACAUAUGAGGGAUGUCGUUGUUCUUGAAACUAUGGAGGAUAUAGACAAAGAUGGAGACGGCAAAGUUUCUUUGGCUGAAUAUAUUGGUGACUUGUACCGAGGUAACGACGACGAGGAAGAACCAGACUGGGUAAAGAACGAGAAGGAACAAUUUUCAUCCUACAGAGACGAGAACAAGGACGGUUUCUUGGACCAUGAAGAAGUAAAACACUGGAUAAUACCAGCUGAUUUCGAUCACGCUGAAGCUGAGGCUCGUCACUUGAUAUACGAGGCGGACAGUGACGCUGAUCAAAAGCUCACCAAGGAUGAGAUCCUCGAAAAAUACGAUAUUUUCGUCGGUUCCCAAGCCACCGAUUUCGGCGAAGCUUUGGCGAGGCACGAUGAAUUUUAAGCCAAAUUUCAUGACUUCCCAUGAGCUCUCCUCUUUAAGAAAGAUCAAUUAUUCAUAUACAUGAAAUCAUAUUCACAAAUUGCCAUGAGCGCUCUUAAAAAGACCUAUAAAAAAUUCAUACACAUAAUACACAGUUAUAUCAAUUGCUUAACCACAACUUAGUUUUCUAGUACAGACUCUAAAUUUAUUUUUAAAUGACCAAAUGAUGAUAUCGAUAAAAAAACUUUAAUAUUUAUGUAACCCUUAGUGUUCGAACUGUCUAUAGAUCUGUUUCGUCUUUUUAUAAAACGAAUCAUGUGCUGAUUUUUACGAAUUGUAAUUGAAUGUAGAAAUAAAAAUGCAUAUAUAUAUUUUAA